AUGGAGCUCCUCAGCGCUUCCUUCAUUACCACACUGCAGUUCCCGUCCCUCCUACUCCUGGUGGUACACAUGGACAUCACCCAGGGCACUUGUACAACAGUCGAGGGGCACAAGACUGGUGAUUGUGUAGAACCUUGUACAACUCCGUCCGAUGGAAUACCAACUUGUAGAACUGAAAUACAAAAACAAGGCUGGAACGGUGACUGUAAUGCUGACUGUUCGGUUGAUUACUGUAAUACUGAGUGUCAGGAGAGGAUUGCCUUGCUCUCUGGAGUUUCAAUUACGACUACUCCACCUGCCACUCCUGAACCACAACCAACACCACCACAGGAUACUACCACUCAAGAGAAGACUAUAACAACACAGCUACAAACUACAACCAUUCAAGCACAAACUACAACACAACAAACAACCACUCAACCACAACCAACACCGACACAACCACAGGAUACAACCACCCAAGCGCAGACUACAACAGCACAACUACAAACAACCACUCAAGCGCAGACUACAACAGCACAACUACAAACAACCACUCAAGCGCAGACUACAACAGCACAACUACAAACAACCACUCAAGCGCAGACUACAACAGCACAACUACAAACAACCACUCAAGCGCAGACUACAACAGCACAACUACAAACAACCACUCAAGCGCAGACUACAACAGCACAACUACAAACAACCACUCAAGCGCAGACUACAACAGCACAACUACAAACAACCACUCAAGCGCAGACUACAACAGCACAACUACAAACAACCACUCAAGCGCAGACUACAACAGCACAACUACAAACAACACCAACUCAAGCGCAGACUACAACAACACUACAGACAACACCAACUCAAGCGCAGACUACAACACCCCAACAACAGACUACUACAACCCCUGCUGCUGCCGAGUCAAGCACGACAACCACAACAGCUCCUGCUAACACUGCUGCCUCUACAACUAUUGUCAGUAACACUGUAACAUAUUCUACAACUACUGGUAACACUGCUCCAGCGUCUACAACUGUUGGUAACACUGCUCCAGCUUCUACAACAGCUGAUAACACUGCUGCAGGUUCUACGACUAUUGCCAGUAACACUGUAACAUAUUCUACAACAGCUGGUAACACUGCUGCAGGUUCUACGACUAUUGCCAGUAACACUGUAACAUAUUCUACAACUGCUGGUAACACUGCUGCAGCUUCUACAGCAGCUGGUAACACUGCUGCAGGUUCUACGACUAUUGCCAGUAACACUGUAACAUAUUCUACAACAGCUGGCAACACUGCUGCAGGUUCUACGACUAUUGCCAGUGACACUGUAACAUAUUCUACAACAGCUGGUAACACUGCUGCAGGUUCUACGACUAUUGCCAGUAACACUGUAACAUAUUCUUCAACUGCUGGUAACACUUCUCCAGCGUCUACAACUGUUGGUAACACUGCUGCAUCUUCUACAACAGCUGGUAACACUGCUGCAGGUUCUACAAAUAUUGCCAGUAACACUGUAACAUAUUCUUCAACUGCUGGUAACACUUCUCCAGCGUCUACAACUGUUGGUAACACUGCUGCAUCUUCUACAACAGCUGGUAACACUGCUGCAGGUUCUACAAAUAUUGCCAGUAACACUGUAACAUAUUCUUCAACUGCUGGUAACACUGCUGCAACUACUACAACCGCUGGUAACACUGCUAAACAUGUAUACAUUGGCACAAAUUUCGUAAGCACUGACACAUAUACUAACAUUCAGCAACAUUGUUACACCAGCACUUACCACUACAUCACCAUCACUACACAGCAGGGCAUUUAUCCACAUCUUCACAGGGGGGCUCUCAACGAGGACACUCUAAAGACCAGGUCGGGGGACACUAAAAUCAGUGCAUACUGUAUGAUGUAUGUUAUGGAUUUAUGA